CGGGGCUGGGGCCCGCACGCUGCCUGCGGCCGCUCUCUCCUGUUGUCUUUCUUUUCCGCAAUUUUCAACAUUUUGCGAGACGAGAGGUUCGAGGCAGGUGGCAGCAUCCUGCACGUCGCCGAGGACCCCGGGGGCACUUGGCGCACUCUCCGGGGACCAUCUGCAACGGGAACCCGAAAGUUUUUGCUUUUUAAAUUUUUAUGCAUACGUAUUUACAAAGAUAAAAGUAAAUUUUUUCUUCUCUUGUUUCCACCGCCUUGAAAGAGACUACUUUUGCCAAAGGACGGAGGAAACAGCUCAGCAACAUUUUGGGGGGGCGGUUGGGUUUUUUAUUUUUUAAAGAAAAAAAAUUGAGUGCAUCGCCAUGGAGAAAAUGUCCCGACCGCUCCCCCUGAACCCCACCUUUAUCCCGCCUCCCUACGGCGUGCUCAGGUCCCUGCUGGAGAACCCGCUGAAGCUCCCCCUUCAUCACGAAGACGCAUUUAGUAAAGAUAAAGACAAGGAGAAGAAGCUGGAUGAUGACAGUAAUAGCCCGACGGUCCCCCAGUCAGCAUUCCUGGGGCCCACCUUAUGGGACAAAACCCUUCCCUAUGACGGAGAUACUUUCCAGUUGGAAUACAUGGACCUGGAGGAGUUUCUGUCAGAAAAUGGCAUUCCCCCUAGCCCGUCGCAGCACGACCACAGCCCUCACCCUCCUGGGCUGCAGCCUGCUUCCUCCGCUGCCCCUCCUGUCAUGGACCUCAGCAGUCGGGCCUCUGCACCUAUUCAUCCUGGCCUCCCGUCCCAGAGCUGCAUGCAGAGCCCUGUCAGACCAGGUCAGCUGUUGCCAGCAAACCGCAAUACACCUAGUCCCAUUGAUCCUGACACCAUCCAGGUCCCGGUGGGUUAUGAGCCAGACCCAGCAGACCUUGCCCUCUCCAGCAUCCCUGGCCAGGAAAUGUUUGAUCCUCGCAAACGCAAGUUCUCGGAGGAAGAACUGAAACCACAGCCCAUGAUUAAGAAAGCUCGCAAAGUCUUCAUCCCUGAUGAUCUGAAGCAGGAUGACAAGUACUGGGCAAGGCGCAGAAAGAAUAACAUGGCGGCCAAGCGCUCCCGAGAUGCCCGGCGGCUGAAGGAGAAUCAGAUCGCCAUCCGGGCCUCGUUCCUGGAGAAGGAGAAUUCAGCCCUCCGCCAGGAGGUGGCUGACCUGCGGAAGGAGCUGGGCAAAUGCAAGAACAUACUUGCCAAAUACGAAGCCAGGCACGGGCCCCUGUAGGAUGGCAUUUUUGUGGGCUGGCUUUUGAAUAGAUGGACAAUUUGUUUCCUGUCUGAUAGCACCACACCCAAACCAACCUUUCUGUCAUCAGCACUUUACCAGAGGCAUAAACACAACUGACUCACAUUUUGGUGUGCAUCUGUGUGUGUGUGUGCACGCGUAUCUGUGCUUAUGUGCGUGGUCAACAGUAAGUGUGCGUGUGUGCGUGUUCCUUUGCACUUGCCAUUUUAAGAAGCCCUCUCAUCUUUUAGUUCCAAAAAAGAAAGGUGCCAUGUUUUUACUGGACUAUGGAGACCUCUCGUGGGUUUUCCUCUCCUCCCUUCUUCUCCACACCUUCCCUGUCAAAAUUAGCUUCAUGUUCGAUCUUAUGUACUCUUCCAAAACCCUCACCUUGGAAUCCUCUAAGAAGGGCCCUGGUAAAAUAGUAGAUCUCAGUUUGCAAGAGUACACGCUUUUGUUGAUGUUUAAUCUGUAAGUUAUCAUGCUAAUGAGAUGCACAAAAUGAGCGCUACGGUGCAGCUCUAUUCAUUGAUAGGUUGCCUUCCUCAUAUUUUCAGUUUUGGUGAUAAUUGUCUUCAAACUUAAAGUGCUGUUUAGAUUCAUUAGGUCCCACAUUUACUUCCUAUCUACUAAGUUUCCUUUUAAUUCCACCAACCCCAGAUAAGAGUACUCUUAUAGAACACAGAGUGUGUUUUGCACUGUCUGUACCUAAAGCAAUAAUCCUAUUGUACGCUGGAGCAUGCUGCCUGAGUAUUACUAGUGGACGUAGGAUAUCUUCCCUACCUAAGAAUUUCACUGUCUUUUAAAAAGCAAACGUUAAAGUCAUGCAUUUGAGCAUGCCCAGAACAUCCCCAGGGCAGAGAAGCAGAGGAGAACACAGGGUCUAAGAAUGAGGGGUUAAUCUACAUGAGCCAAAAAAAAAAAAAAAUGUGUUUUGAAACAGCUUUUGACAUUGAUAUGUUUGGUUUGGUUUUCUCUCCUCUCCCAGUCUUCUCCUCCCCACUCCCAUUUCCACUUGACUUUUUUCAUAUCCCUCUUGAUGUUCAGAACAGUUCAAUUACUCAAGAUUCAGUUUUCCCCCUUUUUUGUAAUAUAUAUAUUUUUGUGAAUUAUACCUGCUGUUUUUUAAAAUCGGUUAAGUUAAUAAGUUGAUGUUUUGUAAGACCCUCUUUCCUAGUGGUGUCAUUUUUGAAUGCCUCUUAAAUUAAUGAUUCUGGAGCUUAUGUUGCUUAUUCUGUGUUUGCUUUUGAACGUAUGUGCUUUUAUCAAGUGGACUUCUGAAAAAUGAAUGUAAAAGACACUGGUGUAUCUCAGAAGGGAUGGUGUUGUCGCAAACUGUGGUGAAUCCAAUCAAGUUCAAUGUUUACUAUAGACCAAAAGGAGAGAUGAUUAAAUUGUUUAAUGUUUUUACAGAGUAAUUAUAGGAAGUUCUUUUUUUGUACAGUAUUUUUCAGAUAUAAAUACUGACAAAUGUAUUUUGAAAGACAUAUAUUAUAUAUAGCAAAGAGAAAAGGAAAACUAUUCCGUGUUUUAAAAUUAUAUAGCAAAGAUAUAUAUUCACCAAUGUUGUACAGAGAAGAAGUGCUUCGGGGUUUUUGAAGUCUUUAAUAUUUUAAGCCUAUGGCUGACAGAUCAGCAUGUUUCCUGCUUUAAAUUAAAAUUGUAUGACAGUACCGGGGUUUGCCGUGAUGAAUCCUGCUCCUAAGCACAUGAGGAGCGUUCUUAUUUCCUAUUUGGUCUCAGAAGUCGGUUCACGCCACCCAAAAGCACAAAAUGGAUUUUAGUCAAAUAUUUAUCGGAUGAUACAGUGUUUUUUUAGGAAAAGCAUCUGCCACAAGAAUGUUCACUUCAAAAUCAUGAGUUUCUGGAAUGGAGCACUGUUGCCAGUGCCCCGAACAAUCCUGUUCUCCUCUGCAGGAGCAUGUAUCUUAUGCAGGACCAGGUUGACAUCGGUGCUAUGUGUAUGGUUUAUAACUUGAGAGAUGUUUUGACUUUCAAGAUGAUGGCUCUUUUGUAUCACUAAGUUGUAUAAUGUCAAGAUUCUGACGUUGCUGCAAAGGAACAUUUUGUGCUAGAUUAAAACGCCCUUUCAUCAAUGGGAUUUUCCCAUUUCCUGCCUCCAGAGUAUCUCAUUCUUGACUGAUCUGGUGGUCUCCUGGUCAGUCCAUCGGCACUGGUUGUCCUAGUGUCAUAGACUUGGGAAACCAGUCUAGUGGGAUGUUCCUCCUAGGUAUCCAUUUUGUCCCAAGUUACAGGUUAUGGCGGAAGAUGAGACAGUACUGGAAUUGGAAUACAACGUUCAGGCCAAUAAUAAAGUAAAUAAAUAGAGCAUUUGAAAAGCUUAAGCAAAACAGUAAAAGAUAUUCAGUGGAAAUAGCAUUGGACUUUUUACAGGUGAAGAGGCUAAGUGCAGCAGAAUUGUGAAAUGGCAGUGGUCAUCAUUGAUAAGUCCAGACAAAUCAAUCUUGGUGUGCAAAUGGAGACACAUUUAGUAGAGAAAUGUUUUAAGUGUGUUGCGCCUUUCAGUGGAGAAGUGUUGAAGGAUUCCGCCCUGGACCAUCCAAAUUCAUCAGAGUAUAAAAUGGUAACUGAAAAAACCAACAGAAAAACCUAUGUUUGAGCACUGGUCUUUUUUGGUAUUAGAUUGUAUCCAGGGAUCACUACAAAUGUUUUCUGCAGAAGAAAUAAAAAAAAUAAUAUAAAAUUUACUCGUGUGUGUGCCAGGAAGGGUUUCAGAAACCUACUUCGUCUUAACAAUUUAAACACUUUGGAGUCUGUACAGGUGCCUUAUAUGUAGGUCAUUUAUACCCCACACACACACGCACACACGUGAACGAUUCACUGCCUGUCUGCCCAGGGCAGCCAACUUGUAAAUGAGCCGGUUUUCCUAGAGUGGGAAGCUAGGGUCUGAAUUGGAGUGACAUGGAUCAACUGGGGUCAAAUGAAUGCAGCUAUUAUGACUCCUGUUGUCAUUUUCCCCCUCUUCAUCAUAAGCAUCUUUCAUAGAUUAAUUCUUGACCAUUAACAACACAAAUUGUACCACGCCAACAUCAUUUAGAUAUGAUUUGAAAUAAGGGGCAUAGGACUUUCUGGUAAGGUUACAUCCUUGUGUAUUUUGACUAAACUUGCAAAGAAAGGCAAAGGUUGUUCAGCUUCUGGUUUUGCUUGUGCUACCUUGAGGGGGUAGGUAGGGGACGACGGGAGGGCUGUAAAUGAUUGCUUCCUCUUCUGGAGGAAGUGGCCACUUUUGACCUUUGAUGUUAGUCAGCAUUAGUCAAGACUGUGAUAGGCCUCCAAGAAAGCAUGCCUGGAGGCAGGACGAUGAGGAGACUUGCAGACGGGUUUCUGAUGGGAAGUUGUACUAGAUAAC